AUGCUCUUUUUCUCGUUUUUUAAGACUUUGGUAGACCAAGAGGUUACAGUCGAGCUUAAAAAUGACAUAGAAUUGAAGGGCACCUUGAAGUCUGUGGAUCAAUUCUUGAACCUGAAACUGGAUAACAUAGAGUGCUCAGAUGCCAGCAAAUAUCCUCAUCUAUCGUCCGUGAGGAAUAUUUUCAUUAGAGGUUCGACAGUCAGAUACGUGUAUCUCAACAAGAACAUGGUAGACACCAAUUUGCUGCAGGACGCUGCCAGAAGGGAGGCGAUGAGCUCCAAAAACUGA